ACAGCGGAUAGGUACCUGCUGUGCAGGCUAGUACUACAAGAAGAUGCCCUGUCUAUCGACCGAAUGCACUCAUAGCGAAGGAAAGGAUGAGCGAAGAAGCUCACGAAUAUUCCUCUGCAACAAUCACCGGCACGCAAUAGCGCUACAGUUGCGCAAGCGUGGCUGGAAACAUACACAUCAUUUUUGUGAGGCGACUGUGGUUCUAGCAACAGAACGCCCCCCCCCUGCCGCCCCGCGAGUACACCAGUGGGUCUGGCUGGCAAUAUGCCCCCCGUUAACAUGUAAGGCACAUCUGUUUGAACGGCUGGAGCAGUUAGCGUUGAGGAGCAACAUAAGACGAAGAUGGCCUGAGACAUGGAUCCUUCGGAGCAAUGGAGCCGUAACAGCAUGGAGAGCGGAAUCUAUAAUCAGUUAUACGCUGCCUACCACAACCCACUUUUUCGUGAAACACCCGCGUACCAGCGGGGGCACUGGCACAUUUCCAGCGGGCAAUGUUGAAGCGGCACGCAUAUUCGCCAAAGUGCUCAUGGUUGCUUGUCACGCAGUUGUAAUCCAGCGUGCCGUGGAUCCAGCAAUACUCCCGAUUGGCCCAUCGAUAUUUGAGCUUCGCGUGUGGGCUUUGCUUCGAAGGACGGACUGUUGGCUGUUUGAAUGCCACCGUGCAAAGACCGCAGUUUCAGGGCUUAUGAAUAGGAAAGUUCAAAGGGAUCUAGACGCUUUUGGUCGGUUCUAUACCUCAAAUAUUGCAUCAGAGGCGACUGUUCGAGACGCUCUUGAGGGAAAUACGUUUGACACACGAACGAAACCAGACAUCGCAGCGGUUGUCGGGCUCGUUCACGACGCCAUCUGGUACGACCUUCCUUACGGCACACUUGCAUUUGUCGGUUUUGACUUCAUUGUUGACCAUAGGGCGCGUGCUUGGCUCAUAGAGGCCAACGUCAAGCCACCGCUGAGGUAUGCGGACCUCGCUGCUCAGUUUCCAAGUGAACUCGUGAGGAGUUUGGCUGACUGUGCCAUCUUGGAUCUCGCCAGAAUUUUCGAGGGUAAAUCACGCCCGAACCACCUCGGCCCAGCCUGGAUCAAGCUCCAAGUUUCAGCAGCGGCGCCGUGACAAUAGGUUCUGCAGUGCCUCAAAGUGUGCUUCAGCUAGGUUCAGAGUGGCCCCGGGCCCGCACCCACCUAGGCGAAGCAUGUGCGGAAUCAUGAACUUCCCGCGCCCGCAACGUUGGCCACUGGCUCCUCCGAGUCUGUUGGGUCCACGUCCAACUCCCCCAGCGGGACCUCCUCAGCUCGCCGACGGCGGCCCCCGC